AUGCGUUACUGCGUUACCUGUAAAGAAACGGCGCUAUCAACACUUUGUAAAAUGGUUGGUAAAACUGUUUUUGAUGCAUUAGCUCAUGUACGCACUGCAGUACUGGUUAGUCCAACACUGAUAACAAAAGAUUCAUUUUUAUCAGAGACGGAUGCUUCCAUUGAUUUAUUUAAAACGCAAGCAAAGCGUUCAUUUUUAAAAACGUUUAGUUUAAUCCGUCAUACGUUCCAUAGUAAUAGACUACUGAGUGGUACAGCAACAUCCGCUGUGCCGGGUCGCGUUCACUUGGCCAACAAUCACUUGGCCGACACAUCACUCUGUCGACACCACUUGGCCGACAGUGGGCAGUAUGAGAGUGAGUUCGAAAAGUAG